AUGACAUUGUUUCUACUAACAGCUGCAGCUACAGGUGUUGGACGUUCUUCAGUGUAUCGUGUGACAAAUGAGUACAAGGCCACAUACUCUUUGAAGUCUCCCAAGAAAGGAAAAUUAAGACAGAUACUUUCUGAAAUUGUUGAUGACUUCAACAGAAAUGUGAUACAAAGGAAAGAACAAGAAUUUUUUUAUGCAGGUCUGGGCAAUUUUCGGAGAACUCCAUUUUAUAAGUUAUUGAGAGAAAUGAAUUUCAAAUAUGUCCGGCAUGGACGUGAUAGCUUGCUAAUAGACAGGGAUGACAUCAUUUUAUGGAGGCGGCGUUAUCUUCGAACCAUUAAACGGUUGAGAGAUGAAGGACAUACUCGAAGUUACGUCUGGGUAGAUGACACUAUAAAUUCCUCAAAAGAAGCGUUUCUGUCCGGGUUAUCCACCGGAAGCAAGAGCCCAUCAGGUAAAGGGAAACGUCUGAUUAUCUCACACAUUGACAGCAAAGCAGGGUUCGUUGAAGGAUGUUUGUGGACUUUCGAAUCCAAGAUAAGUGAAGAUUAUCAUGAGGAGAUGUGCGCCGAAACCUUCGAGAAGUGGUUUCACGAUGUUCUCUUUAAAGUACUGCUAGAAGAAGCAGGAAGAACAGUGACUGCAGAGGAUUGGAACAAGUGCGUCCUCCAGGUCGUAGAAAAAAUGGAAACUCGAAUGUGGAAAUUAGACUGCAUUAUAGAGGAGAGAGGGGAGCGGUUUGUUAUAAACCUCAAUGAAAACAGUUGUAGUUCAGCAGAGUGA